AUGAUUUGCGAUGUUGGAAUUCAUGCCAACAACGCCAAUAGUUGUUUAGAUAGUUGUGAAUUCCUGACAUGGCUGAAGAAUUUCCAGUCCUUAUCUAAUGGUGAUGGAUCCUUACUACCAGUUCCUGGGCCACUAAAUGUCAUCGUCGAGUCAAAGGUGAUCUUCACCUUUAAUCACCCGUGUACCUUUACUCCAGAUAUAAACCAGCGCGCUGAGUUCAAAGAUAUUAAUUUCUCGUUUAGAGUUGCUGUUCUGACAGAAAACUCUUCUUUAAGCUACGGAAUCAAGUCAAAUAGCAUCGCCUUCCCAAAGCCAGAUCCUGUAACAAACGUGACUCUGGAUAGACAAGAAAAUAUUGUUUCAAACUACGCCUUGCGUUGGAAACAGGAUUCUCAAUGCCGAGUAAGCAUCCUUUUCAGAAAUGGAGAAACCACAGGGCCUCAGACACGAUACACUAUGUCCCUGUAUGAGAAAAUGAAGAAAUGUAACCACGAGCUCGAGGUCUUUACCAUGAUUGGCUGCAGUGUGAGCGUUCCCGCAAUUUUAAGAUACACUUACCCAGGUUGUCAAAACAUCACAAGUUUUCCAAAAGACAUCUGCUACGAAUUUGACCCUCCAGAUGCACCAAUGGCAGACAGGAUAGUCACUAACAUCCGUCUCGCAGAACCUAUGACACCUGCACCGGACUACAGAUUUUAUGCGACAUUUACUUGGAACCCGCCAGUUUACCCUUACAAGAACAUAACUGAAUACGUGUUUAUAUUGCACAAGCAACCUGGAAAUCACUUUAUAAACUUGGGUAAUGAGAACCCUCUUUCUAAUAGCGAGACCGUAAGUGACCUUUUGCCAGGGACGAUUUACAAAGUUCAGGUCUCUCCAGUGUUUCAAGAUAGAAGGCCUUCGUCAGAUUUUAGCGAUGCAACUUUUACCACUCCGGGCAUUGAUCCAAACGAAGUCAAAGUAACCCAUUUGACCGCUGGCCAAUUCGCCGAGUCUUCAGACGGUGGCAGUUUAAGUGUUCUUAUAUCAUGGGAAAAGCCUAUUUUUAACUACAGCACGCUUGCUUUGUAUACAUUUCGAUACAAGGUCGGUAACAAAAAUGGCAAAGAGGAACUGAUGGUAAGAAACUCAUUCUCCAAUUAAUCGGGGAUUUUUCAUAUUUAUUUCAUCUGCGAUUCUUUUCAGGUAACGCCGCAUUACCAACACAACUGGAUCAAAGGAGCACAAGUGUAUGGAAACAUUACAGCGCCUGGUGAGAAUAAGAAAAAUACAUGAAAUAAAUGGAUGGAGUUCGGAGAGUUCGUGCGUGAGCUCGGAACUAGCAGAUACUCCAUAAAUGUCACGUGGACAGGACCAGUGUUUAAUUUCACCUUGAUCUCCUACAAUAUCGAGUACGAAUUGACGGGAUACCAGUCAAACAGACCUACCGUGCAGAUUAAUGUGGAAAAACCGAAGAUACUUUUGUCGGGAAUAAGACCUAAAGAAUUUAUAAGGAUUAAGCUCGCCGUCUAUGUGGUUUCUCUUCCGCAGACUGGUACCAAUGUUACGAUCAAUGGGAUCAGUCGAAUCGAUGGAGUCGAAUUCCAGGUUACUCCAGUAUUCGUUGUGUCUGAGGUUACAGGUGCAGAUGCCAAGAUCUCGCUUGCCUGGAAAUCCCAAACUGAUAAAAAUCCUCUGUCUGAUCCAAUGACCGCAACUGAACUGGCUGGGCUUGUCAUAGGAGUGAUACUAGCUGUAUUAAUAAGCCCCAUGCGUAGAAACACGCUCAAGCAGACGGAAGGACUUAUUGUAGCGGUUAAAAUGCUACAUGGAAUGGCAGAUAACGAUCAGCGCAGAGAAUUUCUUGAGGAGAUACAGCUAAUGAAAGCCGUUGGAACGCACAAAAAUAUUGUUAACAUGCUGGGCUGUUGCACUGUGGAGGAACCAAUGUUUUUGCUUGUUGAAUAUAUUCCUUAUGGAGACCUUUUGCAUUACUUGCGAAAACGUCGAGGAAAGACCACAAGGAGUGACUGCAUUUAUGUUAACAACACUGAUGCACCAAAAGGUGACGAUGGAAAUAUUCAAAUUCUAUCAUUUACACAAUCUGCCAAAAUAGAAGAGAGAGGGAGAGAAAAUUUAGGAAUGAACCAAGAUGAAGUUCAUGAAGACGCGGAAGACGACGAGGAGACUCUCACCCCAGGAGACCUUUUAGCAUUUGCCUGGCAAAUCAGCGAAGGAAUGGAGUAUCUGGCAAGGAAAGGAUUCGUGCAUCGUGAUUUAGCGGCCCGCAACGUGCUUGUUGGUGAUAAUAAGAUAGCGAAGGUGGCAGAUUUUGGUCUGACUCGCCACGUUUAUGAAGAGAAGGUUUAUCAUGCAAAAAGGAACCGAAAACUUCCCUUGAAGUGGAUGUCAGUUGAGGCCAUCUUUGAUCAAACCUUCACAGCUCAGAGUGAUGUGUGGGCUUUCGGCGUUCUCCUGUGGGAGCUGGUAACAUUAGGCGGAACACCAUACCCUACAGUAAACAACAGAGAGUUGCUUCGUCUUCUCAAAGAUGGAUAUCGGAUGGAAAAGCCAGACAUCUGUAACGAUGAAAUGUACAAAAUGAUGAGGGAAUGUUGGUUGGAAAAUCCCUUCGACCGACCAACUUUUACCCUAAUCCGAGAGAGACUGGAGGAGAUGAUGCAGAAAGACAACCCAUAUUUGGACCUCAGCGUCCUCGAUGAAUCUCAGGAUUGUUACAAUGUGCCGUCUUUUAACAGUUUAGUAGAUGAAUCUGAAGAUGAAGUGUUUGACAAAGAAGAAGGCUAUGAUUUACUUGAAGAGGACCAUAAAGAGAUAAUCAAUGACAAAGAUCAGCCUAUCAAGGACUCGAAUAAAAACGAAACUGCUUCUUCGCCAAAAUCUUCAAAGUUUCCAGGAGAGGAAGAAAAUGACGAGCCAGUUGAUGUAGACAAGAUUGACUUUAACAACAUUGCUUUUCAGAGUAAUGACUUAAAUAAUCUCAAGGAGGUAAAGGUAGAUUUUGACGCUCUUGAAAUGGCGCUGUAUCGCCAUGGCGGUAGGAGAUUUGUCUUUUAAGAAGAAAUGCUGAGCCAAGGGAACCCCGAGAAAAGAACUCAAGCUGAUCAAAAGUAAGAAAGAAUCCAACAAGAAAUUUGAUAUCUAUCUUUAGAAUUAUAGUACCUAAAAUACUCCAUAUUUUGUUUCGUUUUCUCACGUCAUUGUGUUUUCGUCUAAGUAUUUAUCAGAGAAAAAUAUUUGCGAAAACCCUAAAUUGCAGUUUUCACUUAGGUUUUUUCACUUAUAUUUUUAAGUGGAUUUGCGACUUACAAGUUAAACCAAUACCCUUAAGACAACAGCAAUUUUUGCAUGAUCUUUGAGAAAACUGUACACAAAUACAGAAAAUCCUCUUUUUCAUAGUUGAAGUUAUUUAUGUUAAACUUUGAGAGAACAUUGCUGAAAGCACGAGGAAAAAAGUUCAAAAUUUGUCUAUGAUCGUACGUAGUAUAAUUAUAGUAGUUGUUCGAAGCUUAACAACUAAACAGACUGAUCUCGUUUUUUAAUUCGGUUUUGUUUAAGCUCCUCUCUUUGCUCAGUAGCUACCAGCGAAUAGAUUGCAAGUAGCGUGGCCGAUCAGACCACAGCAUCUGCCAUAAACAAUUCGUAUUACACAGCAUUUAAUUUCAAUUUCUCUUUAUUUUUCGGCGCUAAAGAGGCAGAUUUUAGACAAACAGUUAUGAAUCCCAAUUUAAUUGGGAGUGACGCUAGUGUUAAUUUUCAGCAAUAACAUUAGUCAUUACUUCACGGGUUUAUUACGAACCUACAAAAUGACUAGCUCUCAGUUGGCUUGUUAACUUAGUGAUAGAACACUAUACCAGUAUCAUAGAGGUCAUGGGUUCAAUUCCCGCAUACAGGCUUGAAAUUUUUCUUUUCAGGCUUUAUUUUUACCACUGCUAACUAAGUGUUCGUUACUGCGAAGAUCACUCUCAUGUUGAAAUAUUAUCAUUAUUAUCAUAAUUAUCGAUACCACUACCAUCGCACGAGAAAAUUAAAUUACCAGAGCAAGAGAUUAUAAUCUCUUGUCCAGAGUUAUGAUGACAAAUUUAGGAAAACGAAAUUUAAAAUUGAAAUAAAUAGCAUAGCUAAACGAACCGUAUACCAAUAACGAGAAAAUGCUUUUGCAGUA